GCAGCAUUCACUCUCCUCCUGGGUCCUUUCACCUUCUUCAAUGUGCAGAAGACCAAGUAUCUUCAAAUCAUGACGUCUCUCAUGAGAUGGAUAGCUUUCAUCCUCAUGAUUAUUCUGGCUCUCAUCCGUAUUGGCAGAGGCCAAGCUGAAGGUCACCCGUCCGUGGCCCAGCUGCCAGGCAUCCGCAAUCUCUUUGGGGUGUGUGUCUACUCCUUCAUGUGCCAGCACUCCCUGCCAUCCCUCAUCACACCCAUCUCCAAGAAGAAGCAUGUCAACAAGCUCGUGCUGCUCGAUUACUUGCUGAUCCUGGCUUUCUACAGUCUCCUGUCCUUCACUGCCAUUUACUGCUUCCGCAAUGACACCCUCAUGGACAUGUACACGCUCAACUUCACCAACUGUGAGAUCAUCAACGUUGCCUUCAUUCGUUACUUCCUGGGCCUCUUCCCUGUCUUCACCAUAAGCACCAACUUCCCCAUCAUUGCAGUGACCCUGCGCAACAACUGGAAGACCCUUUUCCACAGAGAAGGGGGGACCUACCCAUGGGUGGUGGAUAGGAUUGUCUUUCCUGCCAUCACGCUGAUUCCCCCAGUGCUGGUGGCUUUCUGCACCCACGAUCUGGAGUCCUUGGUGGGGAUCACAGGAGCCUAUGCUGGGAACGGGAUCCAGUAUCUCAUUCCAGCUUUCCUUGCGUACUGCAGUCGGAAGGACACUCGGCUGGUCUUCGGCAGUGGGACGGUUAACAAGCACCUCUCCCCUUUCCGGCACACCUGCUGGAUUGUGUUUGUGCUCAUAUGGGGCUUUUCUUGCUUUGUGUUUGUGACUGCAAACAUUGUCCUGAGCGAGUCAAAACUCUGA